AUGGCUACACAGACGCCGGAUCUUGCUGCACUCAUCGCUGAUGUGGAUAGCACGAUCACUGAUGCAGAGAUCACGCAGGUCCUGUGUGAACGUGUAGAGAAUUCGGCACCCUAUACGUGGGCCUCUGCCACGGUCCUCGUGGCGACCAACCCGUACAAGGACAUGUCGCAUCUCGACCGGGAUGCUGCGGAGGCAGCGACUCUGUAUAGCCCCCUUACCACGGCGCCUCCCCAUCCAUUCACGCUGGCCGCGCGCGUAUACCACAAAAUGCUGCAUACGCAGCGCCCACAGUCUAUCUUGUAUACGGGAUUGACAGAUUCGGGCAAGACUUAUACCAUGCAGCGUGUCAUUGAGCACCUGUUAACACUAUCUGCAUCGCACUCGCAGAGUGAAGCACGACUAGCUGAUCAAGUGCAAUGUGCCCAGCAACUUCUCUCGUCGUUCGGCAGUGCCAAAACCUUAUCCAAUGAUCAAGCGUCGCGUCAUGCCACGUACUGGGAGUUGCACUUUUCCAAGCAGGGACGCCUAGCGGGUGCCAAGAUCCUUACAUUUGGGCUAGAUAAGCACCGUAUGCAUGGCCUGCUGCCAGGUGAACGUGGCUACGGUAUCUUCUACCAGCUGCUGGCCGGCGCCUCCAAGAAAGAACGGACUGAGUACCGACUGGACGAAGUCACGAUGAAUGUCGUGCCCACUCGCGACGAUGCACGUGCAUUUGAAUGGACACGGCGAGCGCUUUCUACGAUGGGCAUCAAGGAGAAGCACGUGCAGGGCAUGCUACGUGUCUUGGCGGCGAUUUUGCACAUCCAUGCUGUCGACUUUGUCGCGGAUGGACAAGGUGCGACCAUCUCAGACUCACAUGCACUUACCCGCGCAGCUGAUGUGCUGCAGGUGAGUGCCGCAGAUCUUCAGCAGAGCUUGGUCACGGAUACGCGAUGCGUCGGCAGUGAGCGUGUGACGCAUAUGCUUGACAUGGCCGGGGCUCAGCGCCAGCGCGAUGCAUUGGUCCAGAACUUGUACGCGGUCCUUUUUGCCUUCUUGGUAGAAGCAAUGAACCAAAAGCUCGUACCGUCGGACCCCCACGCCCUUCUGCAUAUUGUCCAACUCGACCCCCCCGGCUUUGUGUCACGAAGUCGUGUGCCCAAUGGCCCUGGCCGAUCUGCCCACUAUGACGAUUUGAUGAAGAACUACUUAUCGGACCUGGUCCGUCAUCUUCACGUACGGUCUAUUUUGGAUGCUUCUGGGAUGGCUGGUAUGAUGGCUUCAGAAGGCCUCCCUAUUCUCGAGACACACGUCCCAACCGAUUGCAUGUCGCUCCUUCGUGGCGAUGCUGUGCCUGUGUAUGGUGAUGUGCCACCGCCUGGCGGCAUGCUGGGCGACUAUGCUCGCGCAUUCUCGGCAGUGCUAGCUGGUGAGAGAAAAGAAGACGACGAAAAGCAGCUCGUGCACGAUCUGGACCUGCACAAGCACCACCGCGCUUUUAUUUCGCCACAUGUAGACAACAAGCGUGUGGUGUUUGAUAUCAAUCAUGCAAUGGGUGCCUGUGCAUACACACUGCGUGGCCACCAGCGCUCGGAAGUGGACCUGUUACCGACACAGCAACUGCAGACACUUCGUGCGUCUCGCUCUUCCUUUGUGGCGCGAUUAUGGGCUGGUCCUGGGCUGGCCAUAGAAUCGCGUUUGUCCGAUGAACAGGUUGUGCUUCGUGCACAAGUAUCGUCGCGACCGCUUCGUCGUCCGACGCCGCUGGGCGACGGUGUGGCCUGGCCAGAAACGACCGUGGAAGGUGUUUCAGCCCAAUUGGAUGCGGUUAUGAUUGCGCUUGUGCGUACCAUGCAACAGGCUGACACGUGCUGGUACGUGUGCUGUCUACGUGCCAUGGAUGUAGCCAAGCCAACGGUUUUCGAUACACGCCGUGUUUCCUCGCAAGUGCAUGCCAUGGGCCUCUCGCUUCUGACGAAUGCACAGCGGUACAGCUAUAUCUCGAUGCACCUCGACGAGUUCCAGGAGCGUUACGGUGCUCUUAGUCUCGUUACGCGCGCCCGCAAUUGGACGUCGCCCCAGGACUAUGCUGUGGGUCAAAGUGUGGUAUGCCUGUCCUAUCCCGCGUGGUUCUCGCUGCAGGAGCAAAUCGGUCCUAUUCAUGCCUCGCAUGCCCCGAUGCCGGAGGUGCACGUAUCUCCAGCCUCGGAUACGUACCAGAAUGAUCCCAUGCAUGGGUCUACCAUGAUGCAUUCGGCUAGUGCUGCCAUGGGGCCAAAGUUUCGUCAGGGGCCUUAUCUCAACGACGUGCCAGGCUCUGAUAUGUCGCUUCUUCCUAAAGGCGACGACCAGGAUGAUCCUUUCCUCACGGAGCCGAUGCUGCGAGAGGCCUCCCACACAUCGUGGCCCGCGUUGAUGGACAAAGAGGCAGCGCUGCUGCAGCCUACUGACAUUGAGGAAGUGCCGAUCACGCGCUUACGACGCUGGUGGACGUGGCUCACGUGGCUGUUGACGUGGUGGAUUCCUGAUUCGGUGCUGACACAUGUACUGCACCAGCGCCGCCCUGAUGUGCGUAUGGCCUGGCGCGAGAAAGUGACCAUCUGUUUGUUGAUUUUCUUCUUCUGUGCCGUGGUUCUCUUUUACAUUAUCGGUUUGGGCCCUAUUCUGUGCCCAGACUACAAACAUGCUUGGAAUGAGGGGCAGCUUGGUGAGCACAGUACAACGAAAUCGUUCUAUGUCGCUGUGGCAGGCGAUGUGUACGACAUCACCAAAUUUUACAAGCUUGAUCACUCCGAUAUUCCCGCCACACCUGUAACGACAGACAUUAUGAUGCAGCUGGCCGGCCAAGACCUCACCCCGUACUUCCCUGUACCGCUCUCUGUUUCUUGCCGAGGACUUGUUACCGAUCCUGCGCUGCAACUCAUGCAGCAGGAAAACCUCACGGCUACAAUUCCACAGGCUAUCCACAAGUCCGGCGCUGCGCAACCGUACAACAACACAGCACUGAACGACCAAAACUGGUACUACAACCGUUUCCUUCCUCGCAUGAAGCCCUAUUAUAAAGGCUACUAUGUCUACGACAAAAAGCGGGUGCAGACCGACGGCUCCUGGCGAAGCUGGGCCACUGUUAACGAAAAGAUCUACGAUCUGACGAACUAUGUUCACACCCGCAAGAUGCAAACUGGCAACAACAAGUACGAUUUCCUGAACAACAAUGUGGUCGACUUGUUCGAAGGCCAAGCAGGCUCAGAUAUUACCGAUGACUUUGCUGCGGUGAUGCGCGGCCUUGCGCCUGAUGUGCGGCAGGAAACACAGGCCUGUCUAGACAACGCCUUCUACGUUGGCCGUCUUGAUUUCCGACUGGAGGCGCAGUGCCUGGUCCAAAAUUAUCUGCUUCUUGCGUUUUCAUGUUUAAUCUUCGUUUCGAUCUUUGCCAAGUUUGUUAGUGCACUACAGCUUGCGCCGCGACCCAUGCCAGAGCAACAAGACCGCUUCGUAAUUUGUCAUGUGCCUUGCUACACAGAAGGCGAAGAUUCCCUACGCAAGACGAUUGAGUCUAUUGCAGUGCAAGAUUACGACGACAAACGAAAACUUUUGUUUGUGGUUUGCGACGGCAUGAUUGUGGGUAGUGGCAACGAUGCAUCCACCCCCCGAAUUGUCUUGGAUAUUUUCGGCGUAGAUCCCAGCGUGGAUCCAGAGCCCUUGCCGUUCAAAUCGGUAGCGGAAGGCUCGAAGCAGCUCAACUAUGGCAAAGUGUACUCAGGCCUGUUUGAGUGUGAAGGCCACGUGGUGCCGUAUGUCGUUGUCGUCAAAGUCGGUCGUCCGAGUGAGCGCUCGCGACCUGGCAACCGCGGUAAGCGUGACACCCAAAUUCUGUUGAUGCGGUACUUGAACCGUGUGCACUUUGAUACGCCGAUGUUCCCCCUGGAGCUGGAAAUCUAUCACCAUAUGAAGAACAUUAUCGGCAUCGAUCCGUCGUUCUACGAGUAUGUCCUCAUGGUCGAUGCCGAUACGGCCGUAUCGCGCGAUGGUCUCAAUCGUCUGGUCUCUGCAUCUGUCGAUGACCCACGCACAAUUGCAGUGUGUGGUGAGACGUUGCUGGAGAAUGAGGAUACCUCCAUUUGGUCGAUGGUGCAAGUGUAUGAGUACUAUAUCUCCCACAACAUGGCCAAGGCCUUUGAGUCCCUCUUUGGCAGUGUAACGUGUUUGCCAGGUUGUUUCUCUAUGUAUCGCUUACGCUCGCCAGACCGCGGCCGGCCUUUGUUCAUCUCGGACAAAGUGAUUGAUGACUAUUCGGAAAAUCGCGUGGACACACUGCACAAGAAGAAUCUGCUAGCGCUCGGUGAAGAUCGGUACCUCACCACGCUCUUACUCAAGCAUUUUCCGCUUUUCCGGACCAAGUUCCGCAGUGAUGCAAAGGCAGUGACGAUGGCGCCGGAAUCCCUCUCUGUAUUGCUUUCGCAGCGACGUCGUUGGAUUAACUCGACCAUCCACAAUUUGGCGGAGCUGGUUAUGAUGGAUGGCUUAUGUGGUUUCUGCUUGUUCUCCAUGCGCUUCAUUGUGUUUAUUGACUUGGUCGGUACGAUUAUUCUGCCUGCUACGGCUGUGUACAUGUUGUUCCUGAUUAUCACCGUGGCGACAGGUUCUAGCCCCCUACCACUUAUUGCCAUUGUGAUGAUUGCGGCAGUGUAUGGUUUGCAAGCCAUUAUUUUCCUGCUGAAGCGCCAGUGGCAGUACAUUGGCUGGAUGGUCAUCUAUUUGAUUGCCUACCCACUCUACUCGUUCCUGCUCCCUAUUUAUUCCUUCUGGCACAUGGACGACUUCUCGUGGGGUAACACACGUGUCGUUGUCGGUGAAAAAGGGAACAAAAAAGUGGUGGCUGGCACCGAUGAUGAGCCCUACAGCGAUGCCAUGAUUCCACGCAAGACAGUAACGGAGUACCAACAGGAGAUCUAUGCGAAUGGCGAUGAUUCGCAAGAUGUAUUGUUGUAUGAUAUGCCUCCGCCACCCACGAGCAUUGGCCAUGGCAUGUAUACGCCCAUGGAGGCGUCUGAUCCGUUCCAAGACGACUAUUUCCAACAUACAAACCUGCUUGAUAAGCAGGCCAAACGUGCGUCUAAGCGUCAAUCUAGUGCAACAUCGUGGCGUGAUUCAUGGAAUGGCUCUGCAUCGCAACCUCGUAUCUCGAUGAUGAGUGGUAUGCCCAUGCUGGCACCACCCUCCAUGUACGGUAUGCCACCACCACCACCGCCUAUGUAUGGCAUGCCGCCACCGCCGGCUAUGUUCCCCAACUAUUCGGACAUGGGUACGCCGUUGCCAGGUGCGACAAGUCUGUUAGAUGAACCUGCCCCCCUGUCGGUGCCUGUGAUCUAUGCAGAAGAUCCUACCGACGAACAGAUUCGCUCCACCAUCCGUGCCUACCUUGGCGCACAACCCAGUUUAAUGCAAGUGACUAAGCGGCAUGUACGUCAGGCGGUGGCCGAUGCUAUGCCCAAUGCCGAUCUGACCGACAAGAAAGAUCUAAUGAACCAAAUGAUUGACGACCUUUUGUCAGGCCCUUCCUAA